AAGAUCUGGCAAACCCCAAAUGACUAUUUCACCGCCGAGUCAUUAGUCAUGGGGGCGACCAAGUGUGUCUUUAAACCCCUCGUCUCUGGGUACGAAACUCCGUCGCGUCGCUAGGGGGCGGCAGAGUGUCCGCCGGUGCUUGACCCGGAUGUUGAUUCCUUGUGUCUGGCUGCAGUGGGACCACGCUGCUGCUGCUGCCAUGGACGCCUUCGAGCUGUUUCGGAAGAUUGGAGCGGGAGCCAAGUUCGAUUUCAAGAGGUUUGGACAGGACGCCGCUCGGUUUAAGACGGUGAAGUCUGUUGAGGAGGAGCCGACUGUGACUCUGUCUGGGAUCGAUUACUUUGGAACAAGACCAGCUGAUGGAGCCCAGAGAAGCAGCGAGAGCGGAGAGGAGGAGGAGGAGGGAAGCGACGGUGAAGCUGAUGGUGAAGAGGGAGUCCAAAGCAAGAGGAGGAGACAAGAGCAGGGAAGCAAGAACAGAGAGAAGAAAAGGCUGAAGACCCAACAGGAGGAGGUGGAAGGUGACCCAAAGGUGAGCAGAGAAGGAAGCAGCAUCACGUGGACGACGUCGUCGGAGAAGAAGCUUCCGAACCUGCCGGCCGAGGGAAAAGAGAAGUCAUCGUUGAGGAGACUGAAACACCUGCACCAGGAGAAGGUGAACCGCGUUCGAGCUCAGAACCGGAUCAAUGUGCACGGAAGUGACGUGCCGGACCCGGUGGGCACCUUUGAAGAGCUGCAGUCUGAGUACGGUCUGAACGCACGGGUGGUUCAGAACCUGAGAGACGCCGGACUGGAGUCACCGACGGCCAUCCAGAUGCAGGCCGUCCCUCUGAUGAUGCACGGCCGGGAGCUGCUGGCAUGUGCGCCCACAGGAUCAGGGAAGACUCUGGCCUUCUGCCUGCCGCUGCUGGCCGCCCUGCGGCAGCCGGCCAACCUGGGCUUCAGGGCCGUGGUCGUCUCCCCCACCAGAGAACUGGCUCACCAGACCUACAGAGAGCUGCUGCGCGUGUCGGAGGGCGUCGGCUUCCGAGUCCUCAUCCUGGACAAGGCUGCGAUGGCGGCCAAGAAGUUCGGCCCCCAGUCCAGCAAGAAAUACGAUCUUCUCAUCAGCACGCCCAACAGACUGGUCUUCCUGCUGAAGCAGGACCCUCCCGCCGUGGACCUCAGCAGUGUGGAGUGGCUGGUGGUGGACGAGUCGGACAAGCUCUUCGAGGACGGCAAGUCGGGCUUCAGGGAGCAGCUGGCCGCCAUCUUCCUGGGCUGCUCCAGUCCGCGAGUGCGGCGAGCGUUCUUCAGCGCCACUUGCACCCCAGACGUGGAGCAGUGGUGUCGCCUGAACCUGGACAACAUGGUGUCUGUCAACAUCGGCCACAGGAACACGGCGGUGGAGACGGUGGAGCAGGAGCUGCUGUUUGUCGGGACUGAGACCGGCAAGCUGGUGGCCGUGAGGGACAUCAUCAAGAAGGGUUUCCUGCCUCCCGUGCUGGUCUUCGUCCAGUCCAUCGAGCGAGCGCGAGAGCUCUUCCACGAGCUGGUCUACGAGGGCAUCAACGUGGACGUGAUCCACGCCGAGCGGACGCAGCAGCAGAGGGACAACGUGGUCAGCAGCUUCCGCUCGGGGAAGAUCUGGGUCCUGAUCUGCACGGCGCUGCUGGCCAGAGGGAUCGACUUCAAGGGCGUCAACCUGGUGCUCAACUACGAUUUCCCCACCAGCGCUGUCGAGUACAUCCACAGAAUCGGGCGAACAGGGAGGGCGGGGCAUCGAGGGAAGGCCAUCACCUUCUUCACUGAGAGCGACAAGCCGCUGCUGCGCAGCAUCGCCAACGUCAUCAAGCAGGCGGGCUGCCCGGUGCCAGACUACAUGAUCGGCUUCAAGAAGAUCCACAGCAAAGCCAAGCGGAGGCUGGAGAAGAAGCCUCCCAACAGAAGCACCAUCUCCACAACACCGCACAUUCUGAUGAAGAAGCAGGGGCGGAGACCGUCAGCCAGGAGCGAGGCGGAGGCAGAAACCACUCCCAGGAGGAAGAAGAAAGGAGGGAAGUCAGUGAAGGUUCAGGAGAAGAAGAAGCAGCAGAAGGCAGAAGGAGAAAAUCUAAAGAAGAAAGGAGCCAAGACCAAAAGGACGAAGAAGAAGACGAAGGCACAGGAUUGAAGAGCGAUCAGCCAGAACAUCGUGGCCCCAGCUUCUGUGUUGAAUGGACUUUUUUUGUAAACAAAUGAAUGCUGUUGUGGCGUUGCACAGAUAUUUUAAUAAAAUUCAACAUCUCCAUUUGUUCUCUGAACUUUUG